AUGGCGCGCGGAUCCGUCGCGCGGUGGACGACGCCGACGCCGUCGAUGCGACGCCGCGUCGACGCGCGCGCCGCGGGUGGGCGCGCGCGAGGGCGGUCGAGGCGAACGAUCGCGAUGAUGUCGACGAGCGAUGGCGAGGACGACGGCAUCGGGGCGGUGACGACGCGCGGGGGGUCGAUGAGCGCGAACGCGGGGCGCGACGGGGACGAGGAUGACGACGACGACGACCAGGGACGCGCGAAGGGGACGGGGGGGUGGAUGGCCGGGACGGGGCGAGGCGUCGCGCGCGCGGGCGGCGUCGUCGCGAGCGCGGCGGCGGCGGCGGCGCUCGCGAGCGGUGGUCUCGGGACGUGGGACCCGCAGACGUGGGCCAUCGCGGGGUUGUUUCUCAUCGCCGGUGUCGGACUCCCGAUCGAGACGGUGCGAGAGGCGGCGUCGAAUUGGAGGCUCAACGCGUUUACGCAGGCGUUCGUGUUCGGUUUCCCGCCCGUCGUCGUCGCGAGCGCGGCGUCGACGCUCGUUCAGAGCGGGUGGUUAGACGAGACCGUGGUGAGUGGUGUGUUCAUCAUGGCGUGUUUGCCCACGACGGUGGGAUCGGGGGUGGCGUUCACGAGGAGCGCGGAUGGGAACGUUUCGGCGGCGCUCCUGAACAGCGUGGCUGCGAAUUUGGCGGGAAUUUUUCUCACCCCCGCCCUGGUCCACGCCUACCUCGGUGCGGAUUCCGCGGUCGAUCCCGUGGCGUCGAGUUCGAAGCUCGUCGCUCAGGCCGUGCUGCCGACGCUCGUGGGAAUGUCGAUGAGAUUACUGCCGGGCGUCGCGGCGGCGGCGGACGGAGCGCUCAAGGAACCGAGCAAACUGCUCAGUGACGCGAUUCUAUUGGCGAUCGUCGUCAAGACGUUCGUCACCGCGGAGCAAAGCGAGGCGGGGGCGCUGGAUUGGACCACCGGCGCGCAUCUUCUCGGCUUUCUCGCGCUCUUCAUGCUCGCGCACAAGAGCGCGAUUUGGCUCGCGGCGUCGAGCGUCGAGGGCUUCUCGAGACGCGAUCGAGUCGCCGCGCUUUACAUGGGCUCGCACAAAACCUUGGCGUUUGGCGUUCCCCUGAUCACCACCACGUUCGAGAACGACCCAAACUUGACGAGCUACCUCCUCCCGCUCGUCGCGUACCAUCCCGCCCUCAUCGCCGUCUCCGCCGCGUUAGUCGCCCCCCUCCGCGCGUACGUCGCCGAGGGUGAAACCCCGUGA